AUGGAUUUUAGUACGCUCAUUGAAAUUGUGAAACUCUCUUAUUCCCUUGGUGAAAGCGCCACCGCUGCAAUUCAUGGUUGCAAAACCGAACAUGGUCUCAUCAAAGAUCCUUUCGCCGAAAAGAACACGGAAACGUAUCCAAACAGACAGCUGGCGAAACAAGGACGUCAGAUCAUAAGGUUGACGAAAACUCGGCGACUGCUUCUACCUGAUGAGCCUGAAUUGGAAGGGCAAAACCGGUCGUGGGCUGUCGAAGCGUUUUCAGCAACCUUGUGA